ACACUCCAUAAACACCUUUCUCUCUAAUUUCCGCAGAAAUUAAUUACCAGAUUCGCCACUAUGGGCUUCUUGACACCUAACAGAGGAGCACUGGGUGGAACCAAGAUUCCUCUAUCAAUCAUCGUUCUUGUUCUAUGUGGUUUUAUGUUCUUUGUUCUCUUAUACACCGAAAGAAUCAGCUUGAUGUCUUCCUCCUCUUCAAAUUUCCUCAGGUCAAAGUCUUGUCCGAGGAAAAACAUCAGCUCGAAACCUAGUAAGAGGACACCGAAUCUCAAAACUCUGUUUUUGCCUUAUUUUUGUAUUUUUUUCCUCUCUUGUGACGCAAGUAAUAUUUCAGAGGAGAAAGUUCGAGAGGAGAGAUCAGAAAAGAUGGAUGUUCUGGACGACAGGUUCGAAUUCGAUCCAGAAGAGUGUAAUGUUGCAGCAGGGAAAUGGGUUUACAAUAGCUCAGCGGAGCCACUCUACACGGAUGAAUCAUGUCCAUACAUCGACCGUCAAUUCUCUUGCAUGAAAAACGGAAGACCAGAAACUGAUUAUCUUCGGUGGGAAUGGCAGCCUGAUGACUGCACUAUCCCACGAUUUAAUCCGAAGUUAGCAAUGAACAAACUCAGAGGAAAAAGAUUGCUUUUUGUCGGAGAUUCUUUGCAACGAAGUCAAUGGGAGUCGUUCGUGUGUUUGGUGGAAUCAAUAAUACCCGAAGGAGAAAAAUCAAUGAAGCGUAGCAAAAAAUACUUUGUCUUCAAAGCAAAGGAAUACAAUGCGAGUAUAGAGUUUUACUGGGCACCGUUUAUCGUGGAAUCGAACACGGAUUUGCCUGUGAUUUUGGAUAUGAAGAAGAGGGUAGUAAAAGUGGAUUCAGUGGAAGAUCGAUCAAAGUAUUGGGAAGGAGCUGAUAUUCUAGUUUUCAACACAUAUGUUUGGUGGAUGAGUGGACUCAGAAUGAAAGCUUUGUGGGGUUCAUUUGGAAAUGGAGAGAGAGGUGCGGAGGCAUUAGACACACCAGUGGCUUACAGGUUAGGGCUCAAGACAUGGGCUAAUUGGGUUGACUCUACCGUUGACUCUAACAAGACCAAAGUCUUCUUCACUACCAUGUCCCCUACUCAUACUAGAAGUGCGGAUUGGGGGAAGCCAAACGGGACGAAGUGUUUCAACGAGACAGAGCCAGUAAAAGAUAAGAGGUUUUGGGGAACAGGGUCGAACAAGCAGAUGAUGAAAGUGGUGUCAAGCGUGGUGAAGCACAUGGCCACGCACGUGACUGUCAUUAACAUCACGCAGCUCUCGGAGUACCGCAUCGACGCACACACAUCGGUCUACACGGAGACAGGGGGAAAGGUGCUAACGGCUGAGCAGAGAGCUGAUCCAAUGGGUAACGCUGAUUGCAUACAUUGGUGCCUCCCUGGAUUGCCCGAUACGUGGAAUCGUAUCCUAUUGGCUCAUUUGUAAAAAAAGAUAAAAAAAAAAAAAAGCUAGGAAACAUGCAUGUACACGUACGUACUAAGGAUGGAUGAAACGGGAAAACCCAAGUCCUCUCCCACUCUUGUGUUGUCAUCAGCAUAUUUUGUUUUUUGAAUAUAUGUGUGAAUGUGAUUGUAACCUGGUAAAUGAAUUGGAUUGCAUCAUUUAAAACCAAUUAACAAAUGGGCCAAGAUGUAGUCAGCCCAUAUAGAUGAAGUUAUGGGCCAGAAAAGAUGGGCUUAAAUAGAAAAGCCCGGUCAUAGAUAUUGAGGGGCCAUUUGUAAAUAUAGAUCGUUAGAUUAAAUUAGAGAGUUUUGUGACCGUCCGAUGGUAACCCUAAAGGGGACAAGUCAUCGCCAUCAAGAGGAGGUUCUCGAGUUGAUUGAUAUAUAUAUAUACAAUUGAGAAAUGUGGAACCUGUAAAAUUAGAGAAUAAUAUCCUUUGGGUUCGAAACUUGCCCAAUCUUCGUUCGUCGUCUGCAUCAGGAAAGUGAGAGAUAAUGGCGGGAGGAGGAAACUUUAUUGGGAGAGUGAUUUCAUACGUUGCGAACGAGCUCAUUGUUAAUGGUUUGUCUAACAGGCUUGUUUCUGAUCUUUGAUAUGGCAUUGAAUCUUAACACAGCUUACCCGCCAUGCUUUCCAAAGAUUUGCUGUGAGGACCUCUAAAAGAAUUGAGAACAUCUCUAAAAUGGCUGCAGAGAGCAAGGAGAAAGUGGCUCAGCAUAUGGAGGAACUUUCCAAAAACUCUGAUACUUUCAAGAAGCCGUGAUAAUUCAGUCUUUCGAAGCGAGGGGUAUUACAUGGAUCAAGCUCAAAUAGUGAGGGGGUGGGGGGAAGGUCUAUUAUGUCUAUAUAUAUAAAAAAAAAAGAAUGCUUGAAUGUAAUAAGCUUGUGGGUUAAAACACGAUCUUUUGAGCUUUUUCUCUUCUUUUUCUUCAAAAAAACACAUUCGGCCGGAGUGGAGUUACUUUGCUUUGUGAAAAUAUGUGAAGUCUUUGCUUCUUAUUCUCUAUUCAUUCGAAGUGUCUCCGUUGCUUA